ACACGCACCGCCGCGGGGGGCAGCGGGAAUACCGGUAACUGGCGCCUAAACGCGAGCGCGUGGGCGUUAAACCUGAGGCAGCGCCGCUAUAGCCCCGAGCCGCGCCACAAAGAGGACCGGACCGGGGGAUUGCUGCGGGCAGUAGCGCAUUUUGCCGAGGCUCAUCGACAGCCUUUUCGACAUGGAUCCCCCGCCAGGGCGCAGCCACGAAGACGCUGGUUACCUGAGCUUGGGAGUCGUUGAGCUCCAGGACGAACCGCAUGGUGUGAAGCCUACGGCGACCUCAGUAGCUGAAGCAAGAAAAGCCGUCGAGGAGGAUCCACGGUCGGAACUCGAGCAGGGAGCAGCAGCAGCAGCAGCUGCAGAACAAGUGCACGUUGGCGCAGGGGCUCUCGACCCGGUGGACGACGAGCCCCAGAAGGUGGGCGGCGGCAGCGGCGAGGAGACCCCACCGCAGCAGCAGGAGGAGGCGUCCGAAGCUGCCAGCGAGGGUCCGAAGCCCCAGGACCCGCAGCCACGCCUGCACCGCAGCACUUUCACUCGGCUGCAGCUGACCGAGCUGGAGAGCGUUUUCCGACGCACCCAGUACCCUGACGUGUUUGCACGGAAGGAGGUUGCAAUAUGCAUGGAUGUGACCCAAGCCAGAGUGCGGGUCAGUGAACCCGAAAAAAACAACGAGGCGGGGCAGCCACAGUAAAACCGCUUCAGGACUUGGACGCUUUUGUUCUGGACAUUCUCAAGUUGUUGUUUUUAAUGUCUUUUCCAUGUUUGGGAAAUGAGUUUUGAACUUUGGGGGCUUUGUUGAGUGGAAAAUAGGGUAAUUAAAGCCCAGUUUAUGGAAACCGCCCAUUGCUAGAAGUAGCAUGAUUCUCCUGUUAUUCUCCAAACUGCUUCUCCUAUUUUCUA